UGGAGCAAAACACUAUUACGGAGUGAGAAUUUCGUGACUCUAGCAUAUACAAUACUAAGUAGUAUCAGCAAUGGCUUCCUCAAUGAUCUCAUCGGCAACUGUCGCCACCGUUAACCGUGCCUCCCCCGCACAGGCCAGCAUGGUCGCCCCAUUCACCGGCCUCAAGUCUAACUCUGCUCUCCCAGUCGCCCGCAAGGCCAACAAAGACAUUACUUCUCUCGCAAGCAAUGGUGGCAGAGUGCAAUGCAUGCAGGUGUGGCCUCCAGAGGGGAAGAAGAAGUUUGAGACUCUCUCAUACCUCCCUGAUCUCACUGCAGAGGAGUUGGCUAAGGAAGUAGAAUACCUUCUUCGCAGUAACUGGAUUCCUUGCUUGGAAUUCGAAUUGGAGAACGGAUUCGUGUUCCGUAAGUACCGCAGCUUACCAGGGUACUAUGAUGGGCGCUACUGGACCAUGUGGAAACUUCCCAUGUUCGGAUGCACAGACGCAUCCCAGGUGUUGAAGGAGGUUGAGGAGUGCAAGAAGGCUUACCCCCAGUCAUUCAUCAGAAUCAUCGGAUUCGACAACAAGCGUCAAGUGCAGUGCAUCAGUUUCAUUGCCUACAAGCCCCCAGGCUUCUAAAAUUAAUUAGACUUGUUCCCUUGUAGGGACUCGGCUUGUUUAAAUUGUACCAAAGCAUUAAUUUUCUUUGCCUUUUGCUCUUCUUUUUUGAGGUAUUAUCCUAUGUUUUUAGAUUUCCAAUGAAACGGCUGAGAACUAAUGAAUAAAAAGGUAGUUUCUUGCCAAAUUUCAUUAA